AAACAGAGCAGUCUGUCGUCAGCCAUGGCGAUUACAUUUCUUCAUACAUUAGCACUUUUCGUUUUAUCCAUUAACCUCGCAAAUUGCCAAUCAUUUAUCGGUGUAAACUACGGCCAAGUUGCCGACAACCUACCGCCACCGUCGUCCACCACGAAGCUGCUCCAGUCAACUUCAAUCCAGAAGGUUCGGCUUUACGGUUCCGACCCGGCCAUAAUCAAAGCCCUGGCGAACACCGGCUUGGGUAUCGUCAUCGGAGCGUCGAACGGCGACAUCCCGGGUCUCGCAUCCGACCCCAGUUUCGCCAAGAGCUGGGUUGGAGCUAACGUGUCCCCUUUCUACCCGGCGAGCAACAUCAUCCUCAUCACCGUCGGCAACGAGGUCUUGACUUACGGCGACCAGGGCCUGAUUUCUCAGCUGGUCCCGGCGAUUAAGAAUGUUCAAGACGCCCUCACUUCCCUGUCUCUUGGCGGGAAAAUCAAGGUCUCCACCGUACACUCCAUGGCGAUGCUCAAGCAUUCCGAGCCGCCGUCCUCCGCAAGGUUCGACCCGGGUUUUGGUGACGUCAUAAAGGAGUUGCUUGGGUUUAAUAACGCCACCGGUUCGCCUUUCGCUAUCAACCCGUACCCGUAUUUCGCGUACCGGAGUGACCCGAGACCCGAGACACUGGCUUUUUGCCUAUUUCAGCCGAAUAAUGGGCGGUUCGACUCCAACACAAAUAUUAAGUACAUGAACAUGUUCGAUGCUCAGGUGGAUGCAAUAAGAUCGGCAUUGGACUCUAUAGGCUUCAAGGGGGUGGAAAUUGUGGUGGCGGAGACCGGAUGGCCGUACAAAGGGGACGACAAUGAGGUUGGUCCAAGUGUCCAGAACGCGAAAGCUUAUAACGGAAACCUGAUUGCGCACCUUCGAUCAAUGGUUGGGACGCCAUUGAUGCCGGGAAAGUCUGUGGACACUUACCUCUUUGCACUCUACGAUGAGAACUUGAAGCCUGGCCCCGUGUCAGAGAGAGCAUUUGGUCUCUUCAAGCCUGACCUCACCAUGAAUUAUGAUGUUGGUCUCUCUAAGAGCAGCCAGACCCCUACCACGCCCGCCACGCCAUCUACGCCCACCACGCCAUCCACGCCCCCCACGCCAGCGAAUCCAUCGGGGCCAAAGCCAAAGAAAGGAUCAUAUUGUGUGCCCAAGGCCGGCGUAUCAGACUCUCAGUUACAGGCUAAUAUAGAUUAUGUUUGUGGACAUGGUUUUGAUUGCACUCCAAUUCAACCCGGAGGGUCUUGUUUUGAACCAAACACAGUAAAAUCCCAUGCUACUUACGCCAUGAAUCUCCUAUAUCAAACCGCUGGCAGAAAUCCUUGGAACUGCGAUUUCUCGCAAACCGCCACACUGACGUCCAACAACCCUAGCUAUGAUAGCUGCAACUACCCAGGUGGGAGUACUAAAGAUGUAUGAAGGAACUUGGGAAGACUCAGAAAUGUAUACGGAGGGAUAUCAGUUAAUCUGCCUCCUUGAUAUGUAUGUUUGCUUAGGAUUUAGGAUUCUUUGUGAAGAAAUGUUUUGUACAUUUUGGUAAGUGACUAUUACUGAUUCUACGAGAGAGCUGAAGAGUUUGAUGUCAUGGUUUGGUGUACUCAAAUUUCUACCUUGAUGUAUUAUGUAUCUUUGUGAUUACGUGUCUGUGAUGUUAAUUUUUUUUAUCAA